GGGAGCUCACAAGAUGGCUCCCAACUAAGCACACAGAAUGAGUGGCUAACUGCUGGCUGCUCGCCUAAAGCUUUCAAGCAUUCGUCAUCGCUAAACCGCCACCUGCUUUUCACCCUCACUCCGCUAAGAAAGCGCUGCUUUCAGAACGAAGCAUGGGCAGGAAAUAUCCAACGAGAAGCGGUAGCCGCGGCGACCUCACGAAGGUUAGCGUCCCGUGCGCGACCGAGGUCCCCUUAAUUCACCGACCCUUGUCGAAUGCUUGGAGGCGCCCAAGUUGAAACUGGGUGAUUAGUAAAAAGCAUACAAAGAAGAAAACAUACGAGGGAGAGCGCUGUUUUUAGUGUUCAUUGUGUCUGCAAAGCAAACCUCGUAAAUUGCUCGACCGUCCUGCUCCGUCCGCUCUCACUUACGACACCCCCAUCACAACUAUUCUAUUAGCAUUACUCUAGUCAUUAUUGAAGACGAAGAGAUAUAGAAAAACGUUCCGUACCAUAGCGUACGUAGUCCAAGUACUUUAUAUUACAUGUUAGCUAUCCUAAUAUAGUAAUAAUAAUCAUAAGCUAGUUGCUCCGUUAAUUGUUUGGUAAUAUUAAUUGAUUAACUCGCUAAUUGAUUAAUAAAGUAAACAAUUAAUGCCGAUUACUAGUUGUGAGACUCAGUCUAGUGCCGACAAGGAGGGCGGGCAAACGUGUGGCCCUCUUUCUCUUUCUCUAUUAUGAGCAACAACUCUAACAUGCAGCCAGACAGAAGGUAGAGGAAGAAAAAGACAGAAAGACAACGAUCAUGAACUGCGAACAAGAAGCAAAUGCACACGUCAUUUAUUGGCUUCACAUCGAACUUCGUCACUAGUUCAUCACCGAAGAAGAUGUAGCACAGCAAACAAGCGAUGUAAAAGAGGGCCGCUGCUAUCAGUUCUGCUACCAUUAACGCAACCAUAUGAUUCGUGCGUAAAGAUGUUAGCACGUAAACAGAGCGUCAAAGGAGGUACCGAGCCCAUCCUCGCGGACUACGGGCCCGAUGAGAGUUUCAACGAGUCGGCGGACAUCGAUUGGGUCAAUAAGGUGUGGGUUCGACGUAUUCUGCGUUUGUGUGCAUUGCUAUGCCUAAUCUCAGUAAGCUUGAACACAACGAAGACGUUCGAGAAGUUUCCAUCGCUUGUCUGGAUCACGUUCGGGUAUGAUAUAUUUGCGACGCUGCUGUUCUCGUCAGAGGUGAUUGCCAAGAUCCGCAUUAAGGGACUUAUGAUCAGCCACGCGCCGGGCGAUACGGCCUAUCUACGCGACCGGUGGUGUCAAUUCGAUGCCACGAUGGCCUUUUUUCUCUGGGUGUCUGUGUUGUUACAGUGCUUCGAAGUUACAUCUCUCGUGGAGCCUUCCUACUUUUCGAUGAUUCGAGCCCCCAGACCACUCAUAAUGAUACGUUUCAUUCGCGUUUUUCUUAAGUUCUCCAUGCCCAAGUCAAGAAUCAACCAAAUCUUCAAACGUUCAAGCCAGCAAAUCUACAACGUUACUCUCUUCUUCUUAUUCUUUAUGUCACUAUACGGACUGCUCGGGGUGCAGUUCUUUGGGCGUAUGGCGGCACACUGCGUUCGUAACGGGACUGAUCCUCGACGUGUAACCCUAGACGAUCUCGCCAUGCCCGACCAUUACUGUUCAAACAACCCCGACGCAGGCUACAGUUGCCCGCACGGACUCGUUUGUAUGGAACUUGAACUACCGAAAUCAAUCGCCGGAUUUGCCGGUUUCGAUGACUUCGCGCACAGCUUCUUCACCGUCUAUCAAGCGGCUUCGCCCGAAGGUUGGGCACUGCUGAUGUAUCAAGCAGUAGAUUCGUUACCGGCAUGGCGAGCUACGUUCUACUUUACAACGAUGAUCUUUUUCUUAGCAUGGCUUGUGAAAAACGUCUUCAUCGCGGUCAUUACGGAAACAUUCAAUGAGAUUCGUGUGCAAUUCCAGCAGAUGUGGGGCGAGCGUGUGCAAAUACACACGGAUACGACCGUGCAGGUUUUACGCGGUGAUGACAGCGGCUGGAAGCUGGUCACUGUGAAUGAGGGCGCCGGCGCUGGGGCCGCGCCUCGUUGCCUACAGCGACUCAUCCACUCAGCAGCAUUUCAAAUAAUAGUUAUGCUGAUCAAUCUGGCUAACGCGUUUGUAGCGGCUUCGGUACGUUUUGUCCACGAUGGCCGACCGCGGGAAGAGUUUUUUACCACCUACUACUACGCGGAGAUAGGUUUCACCCUCUUCUUUGACCUCGAAGUUUUGAUGAAGAUAUGGUGUUUGGGUUUUAAGGGAUACAUCAAGCGCUCUUUGCAUAAAUUAGAAUUUCUGCUAGCAAUAGGGACUACCAUCCACAUCAUUCCGCAAUUCUUCGCUUCAGAGCUUACCUAUUUUCAAGUACUUCGAAUCGUGCGCUUGAUCAAGGCAUCUCCCGUAUUGGAAGAUUUCGUCUAUAAGAUAUUCGGGCCAGGAAAGAAGCUCGGCUCGCUGAUUAUUUUCACUAUGUGCCUGUUGCUCAUCACCAGUGCCAUUUCGAUGCAGUUGUUCUGCUGCCUGAAGAACUUCUCCAAGUUUGAGACCUUCCCCGAAGCCUUCAUGAGCAUGUUUCAGAUCCUUACCCAAGAAGGUUGGGUCGAGGUGAUGAAUGAGACCAUGCUCCGCACCUCUUCUACCAUCGGGCCGAUUGUCGCCGUCUAUUUUAUACUGUACCAUCUUUUCGUAUCGCUGAUUGUAUUGAGUCUUUUUGUCGCGGUUAUUUUGGAUAAUUUGGAGUUGGAUGAGGACAUUAAAAAGUUGAAACAACUAAAAGCUCGAGAGCAGAGUGCUGGAAUCACCGAAGGACUGCCAAUUCGACUAAGGCUGUUCGAGAAAUUUGCGGACAGCCCUCAGAUGACGCGACUUCACCGAAUGCCUUCAGAAUUCGGGGUGCCAAAGGUUCGUGAAAGCUUUAUGAAGCAAUUCGCCGAAGAACUUCAGGACGAAUGUCCUGAGCUCAGAAAGUUAGGAGAAGACCAGGCCAAUGGUGUAGACAUCGUCACCUACAGGAAAAAGACCCCUAUUCACCUGCUUAAUCAACCAAACAAGGUUCGUGUGGCAGCUUCCACACUACGUAGGGUGACAGUCACGAAUAUUAUCAUCGACUCGAACCAACAGCGUCUCAUAGAAGCAAUGGAACCUCCCCCUCAGUCUAGUUGCGGAAGCAAACAGCAGACGAGAUUGGAUCGGAGCAACGUAUUGAGGGAAGAGCAGGGUCCCAGCGCUGCGGGUCCGAUAGUGUUUUCUCGAUCGCGUUCGAUGAGGCGUUCGGUUCGAGGCGGGUCGGUGAAGGUGGGCGGCAAGAUGGUGGGCCAGGCCGCGGCGCACGCCUACUCCGAGCACAUGAAGGAGAACGGCGGAGAGAUCGGCCGAUCACUCCACGACUUCGACAUUAAGAUGCUACAACAGAAACGUCAACAAGCCGAGAUGAAGCGCAACCAGCGCGAGGAAGACCUCCGCGAAAACCACCCGUACUUCGACACGCCCUUGCUGAUCGUCGGCCGCGAAAGUAAGUUCCGGAAGCUUUGUCAGCGAAUCGUAUACGCACGCUACGAUCCACGAUUCCGGGACCCCGUGACGGGGCAAGAGAGGAAGAUCAAAUAUAAGACGGUCCAUAAUCUAUUGGGUUUGGUUACGUAUCUGGACUGGGCGAUGAUCAUGGUUACAACAAUCUCUUGCAUCUCGAUGAUGCUAGAAACUCCACAUCAACGCGUGAUGAAUACCCCACGCCUGCAGAUCGCUGAGUACGUAUUCGUAGUGUGCAUGAGCGUCGAACUGCUCCUUAAAACGCUCGCCGACGGGCUGCUGUUCACCCCAAAGGCCCUAGUCCGGGACGCAGCAGGGGUAAUGGACGUUUUCGUCUAUACCGUGUCACUCAUAUUUAUCUGCUGGCUACCUGAAAAGGUCCCGCCGCAUUCGCCGGCGCAUCUUUUGCUUCUACUGCGCUGCGUACGUCCGCUGCGCAUUUUCUCGCUUGUGCCGCAUAUGCGCCGAGUGGUCUACGAACUAUGUCGUGGCUUCAAGGAGAUCCUGCUGGUCUCCAUCCUGCUUAUAGUGCUCAUCUUCGUGUUUGCUUGCUAUGGCGUUCAUCUAUUUGGAGGUCGACUUGCCCGCUGCAACGACCCUUCGAUAUCGCUCAAAGAGGACUGCCGCGGCGUCUUUGAAAGAUCUGUGUUUGUCACCAGAAUGAAGCUCCAACCUGCCGCUAACAGCUCGUGGCCCAAGUUAUUGGUGCCUCGUAUCUGGGCAAACCCUCGGCGUUUCCAUUUCGACAAUAUUGGUAAUGCAAUGUUAGCAUUGUUCGAAGUACUGUCCUAUAAGGGCUGGCUUGACAUACGCGAUGUGCUCAUCCACCGGCUGGGUCCCGCGCACUCCAUCUUCAUUCACCUCUAUGUUUUCCUCGGAUGCAUGAUAGGACUCACACUUUUCGUAGGAGUGGUUAUUGCCAACUACAGCGAGAACAAAGGGACUGCCCUUCUAACGGUCGACCAGCGGCGUUGGUGCGACUUGAAGAAACGUUUAAAAAUUGCUCAACCGUUGCAUUUACCACCACGACCGGAUACGCAUCGGUUCCGUGCGUUCAUCUAUGAUAUUACGCAACAGCUAUGGUUUAAGCGGCUCAUUGCCAUCAUGGUGCUGGCCAACAGUUCGUUACUUUGCGUCUCGUGGGGCAGCGAUGAAACGCAUACCGUCCCGCUCGCCACCGUGUCAGCCGCAUUUACGAUUCUAUUCGGCGUCGAAGUCAUUAUGAAGUUAAUCGCCUUCACACCCCGCGGUUACUGGCAGAGUGGACGCAAUCGCUACGACCUAUUUGUUACCUGCCUUGGAAUCGGCUGGGUAGCAUUGCAUUUCUCACUUAUGAAUGCCACCUCGAAUACGAUCGGAUUCGUCAUUGUUAUUCUACGAUUCUUCACGAUCACCGGCAAACAUGCAACCUUGCGGAUGCUGAUGCUGACCGUGGUCGUAUCGGUCUACAAAAGUUUUUUCAUCAUCAUGGGCAUGUUUCUGCUGAUUUUCUUCUAUGCGUGCACGGGGGUUAUCCUGUUUGGCAAUGUCAAACAAGGGGAGCAUUUGGGACGCUACCGUCACGCGUCAUUCCACACUGCUCCGUCAGGAAUUGCCCUUCUCUUUCGAAUCGUAACGGGCGAGGAUUGGAACAAAAUCAUGCACGAUGCGAUGGUUUCCCCGCCGUACUGCACAGUCGGGGAAAACUAUUGGGAGACUGACUGUGGUUCAUUUACAGGGGCAUUAAUAUUUUUCUGUUCAUUUUAUGUCAUGAUUACAUAUAUUGUACUCAAUCUAUUGGUAGCUAUUAUUAUGGAAAAUUUCUCGUUGUUUUACUCGAACGAAGAAGAUGCCCUUCUAUCAUAUGCGGAUAUAAGAAAUUUCCAGAACACCUGGAAUAUGGUGGAUACUCAGCAGAGGGGUCUUAUACCCAUUCGACGAGUGAAAUUCGUUCUUGGAUUAUUGAAGGGCCGUCUAGAAGUAGACCCCGAGAAGGAUCGACUUCUGUUUAAGCACAUGUGCUACGAAAUGGAACGUCUUCAUAAUGGGGAAGAUGUUACUUUUCACGAUGUACUAAACAUGUUAUCGUAUAGAUCCGUAGACAUUAGGAAAGCGCUUCAGCUGGAAGAACUUUUAGCGCGCGAAGAGCUAGAAUAUCUAAUUGAAGAAGAGGUCGCUAAGCAAACUAUUAGAGAGUGGUUAGACAAAUGUCUGCGGCGGAUCAAGCACACGAAAGCGCAAGAGGAAACAAAUCUGCUCCACAGUCUUCGGGUAACCAAUGAACCUCUUUUGGCCACUCUGCAGGUGGGAGCUUCUCCGGGUGCCUUGCAGAGUACCCUUGACUUGCAGGGCCACCCUUUAGGUCUCUCGCCUCACCCUCCACACUCGCCCGGCCAUGAACCUCAUCAUGUUGGCGGUGAGAUCCUCACCGAGGAAAAAGAAGAUGAGGAUGACCGCGACGAUAUUGAAGUCGGUGGUAUAAGCUCCGAGGGUGGUGAAGGAGACGUGAGCCCGGGUGGUCUUGCUGCCGUUUUGGGCGGUCUGGGGACGUCGGCAGAAACUGAUGAAAUCGAUUUCUGCGAGGUGUUCACCGCGCCUUCGGAAGAUCCUCCCACCCCACUGACUAACCUGUCCUCUCCGGAUCACCAACAGCUUCACAAACUACAAUCAACCACAGCAUCAUCAGCAUUACAACCUCCAAGCGCAACAUCGCCAGUAACGACAACUGCAACAACAGUUACAACAACAAUAAUAACAAGCACUCAGCCACCGACGACAGGAGUAACACCAGGAGUCCUACAAAUACAAAUGGCCACCAGUGCUACUCCUGCACAGCCCAAGACGGCCACCGGUUCACUCACUCCCCCUGAAGGUUCUUCGGAGGCGGUGAUUUUGGCCACUUCGGUUGCGGGAGGUCAACUUCAAGAGGGCAAGGACGGAAUCGGGGUAACGAGUGCAACAUCAGGAACAAAUGCUGGAGUGGGUGGAAUACUUGUUAGUGGAGCAAGCAGCUCAGGACAGCAACCUCAGUCCUUAAGUAGAAGUGACACUCCUAUGGAAACAGUCAAACAGACGCAACAACAGCAGCCUUCCAGCAUUGGGGGACCUGGCAAGAAGCGAGUAGGCAUCCACUCAGACAGCAUCACGCCUGCAAGCGGGGCCCUUGCGGCUGCCGGUGGGCGGAAAUUUCUGAUCCCCGGGCCAUCGAGCGUCGACAAGCAUCUCACUCCAGCGGAGAAGGAUCAGAGGGACAAGGAGAGGUCAUACACUACUCUCAAAAAAUGGAGUUCGGCGAUCGGAAAGGGUCUGCCGGAAGUUAGCGAGAGCAGCGAACUGGCGACGACGCCUGGAACAGAUGGAGAUAAUCCUCUUAUGCAACUGCAGCAACACCUGCAUUUGCAUGGCCCGCUGGACGACGAGGCAGGUGGGCAUUUGGGCCACACCUUAGGUCACGCCUUAGGAAGCGGGGCCUUGCGGGAGCCGGGGGGCGGGGUUAAGUUCCUCAAGGCGGUCGUAGGAGAGGUACACGAGUGGUGGAAUGUUCUCCUACAAAAUAACGAUGCCCAUGUAGUCGAUUCGGAUUCGGACAACGAGUACGACUACUACUAACCCAUUUUGAUACAAAAACAGAUCUGACCUUUGCUGGGUCGAAAUAAACGUAGCAAAAUACUUACUAUCGACAAUCGAUUCCCAUAUCUCAUUUCAGUCAGUCGGCAACACAUUUCCAACAAUGCGGUCUAAUUUUCUUUCAGUAAUUGUCGAAUUCGUAUCCUGCGUAAGCGCGGCUUCUAGUGUCGGAGUUAAGUACUCCAAUUGUAUUCUAAAAACUAAAAGCCAGUCAUAAAUGCGCAUUUAAACGUUACAUCAAUAUUUUGAUCCGUGUCAAGUUGUUGAUGAAGGUGUACAGAACGACCAUAUCGACUGUAGGUCGACUUUCGAACCCUUCCUAUAUCUCAAAUAGGACGAACCAGCUAAGCAUUUGGCAAUACCUAUUCGGGAACCCAAAGUGACCUUCCCGUUUUUCAACUAACGGAGAGAGAUUGUUGAGCCCGCCUAUGCCGCUUCGUGACCUUCUCGAGCAAGGAAGCAGCUAUGGACUCCCCCCCCCCCCCGGCCGCUGUCCAAUACGAGUCUCUAAAACUAACUAGAUCAGUAUAUACAUAUAUAUACACAUCUUCGUAAAGAUACAUUGAGGUUUAUACGAGAUAAAGGCAACUACCACAACAAAUGAUCGACACGAAAUGAUUAAUCGUUUAUACAACAAUGCUCAUUGAUCAUACGAUUACUCGUAUAUUUCUAUAUAAUAAGUUGGGGAAAGUAAGGCAGAAAUGGUCCGGUCGAGUGUUUACUGAGUGGUCAUAAUUAAAUGUCAGACAGAAUCGAAUUCGACCAUUAAGGACAAUAUUGAGGUAACUCUUUAAUACAGGUUAUAGAUGGGAAAACGUUAGACGAGCUCUAACGAUAACAGUAUGGUCUACUGAAUAACCUUCAAGAAAACACCAACGACCAGUGUUGGUGCGGGUGAUCAAAAUCAAUUCUAGAACGAAUUGCGAUAGCGGAUUGCUAGAAGUUAAAUGAUAACUCCUCGGCAUUUUCACGAGUUCACCGCAAAGAGACGUAGACGGAAGUCGGAACAAACAACUCUUUACGAUUUUCUCAUCCGAUCCUCUGUGAUUUCGGCUAUAUAUAUAUAUAUAUAUAUAUAUAUAUAUAUAUAUAUACAUACCUACAUGAAUAUGUGUGUUGGUAUUGCGUGAUGAGUCCGGUUAGCACGAGCACUAACGAAAACGAGAAGGUGACAAAGAUGAUGAUAUAUAGGAGAUGUUAUAUACACAGUGUUAUAUAUAAUCCUGAGACUGACAUGUAUCGUAAGCUUUUUCGAUGCAGUGGAGGUUUCCGAGCAUGUGCCAGACCAAUCGAAUAUUGUUUUUUUUCUAAAUACAUUAGAUGUUCAGACGAUUUAUAGGUUCGUAUCACGCAGUGAAAUAGUAGAAUUAAGGGUAAACGCCAGACGUUUGGCUUAUUAGGUCGAGAUGCGAGGUACAAGAGGAUUCCAAAAUAAGGUCAAAUUAUGACAAUGGAAAAAUUCGUUACUGAUGUGGUACGAUUGGAUUCUAGCAAAAACUCAUCGCCGUAGUAAGGGAAAAUUGGAAACGGUGACAAAUACAAGCUAACGAUACUUUUUCAGGACAAAAUAACCGACCAAUCGAGAAACGGUCAAUGAAUGAAUGAAUGAAUAAUUCUAAUUUAAUCUCGAGCCUGUUCAGGCUUUCUCUGCUAAGUUAAGUGUUGACGAAAUCCAACUUUACCGAACUACCAAAGAAUCACCAAAAGAUGUUUUUUUACUUGGUGAUUUUGGCUUUACUAUUAAUAUGACGACGAUGAUGAUGACAACGUGUAUUAUCGAAGUCAUUAUCAAAAUUUCAACUAUUGAUGAUGCCCUAUUAUAUCUACUAGUAUCUCUCUGACAGAACGUACCAUUUUACUCCGAAUAAUAAUAGAGUUCUAGCUUUAAUGUUUUUUUUUUUUUGUGUAUACGUACGAUUACUUCGCCUCUUGCUGUUGCUUUAGUAACGUCGGCGACUGCAGCUCAAAAAAUAAUAAGGCAGGGGUGCACCCGGCCAGGACAACUGCCACGCAAAACUAGCCCUUUGCGCUACCAUUAGCGCAAUUCACGAUAGGACAGCUGCAAAAAGAUCGCUUUUCUUACCAAAUGUAUAUACCUAUUUUACAACAAACUAUAAUUACGCAUAUAGAAACAGCAGUUUGCUAAUUACAACACUUGAUUCAUUGAAAUGAACGUAUUUUGGUGGCUAUCAAUCAUCUUACUAGUCGACUACCGACCAGUGCCUAAGUCAAUUUCUGGCCUGACCAUUACCAUACGAAUGGAUGCGUCCUGACCAUACUGGCAACUACGAACAGAGGCCCUUUUUCGAUUUCUGUCCAUAAGCUUUCAACAACCAAUUUUUUCACCAAUGUGUCCUAUGAGAGGCACACACACACACACACCCACUCAUACCGCAACAAAUCUAAUUCAAUCACAUCUAACAAAUUCAGUGGGCGGGCAAAAUAGACCAACUAGGAGGCUUCUUCCAAAAAGAUUGUGCUAAGGAUCCAUUCAGACUAAGCAUAGAAUUUUCAAUUCAAUUCGGUCACAGCUAAACACCAGUUUACUGAUUAUUACACAAGAUCCAUUUCCUGGACCUUAUUGCCCUACCAUGAAUUCAACAGAACACAGACAGUUGUCAGCUAUGGAGGCCCCAAAGCGACCACGUAGGCCCGUUGAGGAUCCUCAAUCGGCAUGUCUUUUUAGCUAUUAGCCCAGAGAUUUCCUUCUAAGAGAUCUACUUCUAAAGAAAUGGCGAUAGGCUAGCCAGAUUGCCAAAUGGUUUACCUAGCCUUUCUAACAAACGCGGAUCAUCAGGAUAUUAUAGUUGCAUGCGUUCCUUGUUAUGGUUGCCUAAUGCCCUUAGGCUUCCUAGUUAAGCUACCAUGAAUCAGCUGACUUGUCAUCAUCAAAACCUGUAUUCGCUCAUUUCUGACUAUAUACAUAUAUAUAUUUGCUAUCGUUUUGCUUGCCUAUAUCACGUCCCUUUAUGUCGGAUAUAUAUGUCUAUGUAUGUAUAUAUCCAUAUAGCACUUCAUUGUUAGUCUAUUCUAUUGUAAUUAGCGACCGACAUCUUAUUAACAUAACGGAAAGGGUCACUGUUCAAUUGUUCGAACACCGUCACUGGGCUUUUUUUCUUAUGACAAUAACGAUGAUCAUGCCUACAAGCGAAUAAUGCGAACAGGACGCUUGACCUUGCAUGCGAUGAUAGAUGUGGGCAGUGAUCUGAUCUGAUUUGUGCGAAUUGGUACUGGAAGGAGACGCUGUUGAUUUAAAAGACACGCCUAAGGUAGAGGAUGUUCUUCUGUAAUAUAUGAUGUCUUCUGCGUUUCUGUGAUAGAAAUGCAAAAUCAUGAGAUUUCGUUGCCACCAGCGGUUAGGGUGUGCCAAAGUAUGCCCAUUGGUAGUGAUCGAUGGCUGACUGGCUGGUGGAAAACGGAGUCUGACCUUUCCGCCUACCCCUGAGGUCGAAUCUGCUUAGCCAUUUUCCUAUUGUUUAGUAGAAAUAUUAUGCAUAGACCAUACUUUUGUAUCGAGGGAGCCAAGAACGAGUUGACGAAGACAAAGACCGAAUUAUAAGACUAGUUGACAUGAUUCCUGCUGCAGCAGCGUAUCUGUAAUAUAAGCUAUAAAUUCCAUAUGAGCUCAUAAUAGACAAACACUAAUAUACAAUGCAUUUUUCUCAAAACCUGACAUAGAGGCUUGAGAACGCCUAGACAAAAGGAGCCGCCGAUAAUAACAAACCAGGGCUGGCCAAUUAUAGCAUGUCUAGACGUUUUUCGCUCUAGAAUUUUCGCUCUUCAGCGUAAGUGGCGCUUGCGGCAAGCUAAAUAGAACAAGCUAAAAUAUAAUCUCAUCUGACUAAAGCUGAGCGCAUCCGUCAGAGCCAUGACGGUAGUAAUAUUCUUGCUUUAUUUACUUGUAAGACGACUUAGGCUAACAGUCAUCACUAAUUAAAUAAAAUUGUGAUGAAAAAUCAAUAAAAUGAUACAGACAUGUUGUACCUGAAUUUCGGUACGA